CUGAUAUUAUUUCCUGUGUUGAAUUCAACCAUAGUGGAGAGUUACUUGCCACUGGUGACAAAGGUGGAAGAGUUGUAAUUUUCCAGCGUGAUCCAGAAUCCAAGCAGGCCUCACCUAGAAGGGGUGAAUAUAAUGUGUAUAGUACCUUCCAAAGCCAUGAAGCAGAAUUUGACUACCUAAAAAGCUUAGAAAUUGAAGAAAAAAUAAAUAAAAUCAGAUGGUUGAAGCGAAAAAAUCCAGCUCAUUUCCUGCUUUCAACAAAUGAUAAAACGAUCAAGUUGUGGAAAGUGUCUGAAAGGGAUAAGAUGAUUGAUGGGUACAAUUUGAAAGAUGAAAAUGGAAGAAUGAAAGAUCCCACCUCCAUUACUACUCUACAAGUGCCAGUAUUAAAACCCAUGGAGCUUAUGGUUGAAGCAAGUCCCAGAAGAAUAUUUGCAAAUGCUCACUCAUACCACAUAAAUUCCAUUUCAGUAAAUAGUGACCAAGAAACUUACCUCUCAGCUGAUGAUUUGAGGAUUAAUUUAUGGCAUUUAGAAAUAACAGACCAGAGCUUCAAUAUUGUUGAUAUUAAGCCAACCAAUAUGGAAGAGUUAACAGAAGUCAUCACUGCAGCAGAAUUCCACCCUUCUCAAUGUAAUAUGUUCGUCUACAGCAGUAGUAAAGGGACUAUUAGGUUGUGUGACAUGAGAUCAUCAGCACUUUGUGACCAUCAUUCAAAGUUGUUUGAAGAACCAGAAGAUCCCACGAGUAGGAGUUUCUUCUCAGAAAUUAUCUCCAGUAUAUCGGAUGUGAAGUUUAGUAAUAAUGGGCGGUACAUGAUUUCUAGAGAUUAUUUAUCUGUGAAAGUGUGGGAUUUGAAUAUGGACAGUAAACCUGUUGAAUGUUAUCACGUGCACGAGUAUCUUCGGUCCAAGCUAUGUAGUUUAUAUGAAAAUGAUUGUAUCUUUGACAAGUUUGAGUGCUGUUGGAAUGGAACUGAUAGGUGGGUACAGGAGGGAAGAGAAAGAGAGAUGAAAUUGGUGUAGACUGUUUAGAUUUUAGUAGAAAAAUUCUGCACACAGCAUGGCACCCACAAGAAAAUAUCAUUGCAGUAGCAGCAACCAAUAAUCUGUACAUUUUUCAGGAGAAGCUGUAGCUGCUGUGUCAACAUUUGUUCAUUCUGUAAAAUGGUUCACUUUUCUGACCAUAGCCAGGAUGCUUGUAUACCACACAUGUGGACCUUAGGACUUGGAAAGUGUUACCAUGUACUUGUAAUUAGAAGGCAUGAUGGGAGGAAGUACCUCAAUCUGAAUAAACAGUUUAUUGUUCAACCUUGAGAUUUUGGAGAAUGCUGUGAAACAAACGUAUAAUUGUUUUCUUCUGGCUGUGAUGUACAUAUAUAAAUUCCUUAGCCAUCAAUCCUUGUGUACUGUGCCUUCAUUGGGAACUGUUGUCCUUAUCAUGCUUCAGUUCAGUUGUCAAAGGUCACCUAAUGUAUGUAUGUAUAUAUGUAGUGUGUAUAUAUUUGUUUUUCCCUGCUGAAUUUAGCAAUUACUCAUGAAUAACAAUUUUAGUUGCCUGUCAUGCUUUCAGAAUGACUGCUCAAGGGAAUAUGGUAGUUGAGAGUCAUCAGCCUGUGCAUAAAUCUUGUUCUUAAUUGGGUAUUAUUGCAUUCAAGUAUGACAUAUGAUUUAUAUGUUAAAUACCCUAUUAUAUUCUGGUCAUAUCUGUUUCGUCAUAUGCAUUCAGAACAUUUCUGUAAAAUAUCAUUAAUACAAAUAACAGGAUUACAAAAAAAUGUAUUCUGUAACAGUAAAUGUUUGUAUAUGGUUCUACUUUGCCAUGCUACUUAAACUCUGUUUUAUUGACUUAUGUCAGUUACUUCUAUUAACUAUUUUAUGAAUUCAAAAUUCUUUCCAGUAAAUUAUUUUUUACAAGUAGUCUUCCAGAUUGCCCUCUUUUUUUUCUAUAACUAUCAUUGUUAAGUCACAAUCCAUGCAUUAUAUUAAUCUUCACAUCUAUUAAACUGUUAGGAACAAUUGUUUUUAUAAGCUGAUCAUAGCUAGUACAGGAUUUUAUUACAGUGAUGUGAAAUGAACCAGUUAACUGGAGUUUUUACUCUGAAAUGGUUAAUAAUUACAAUGAUUUUUUUUUCUCUAAUAUCAGGUUAAGUCUGUAUUGGACAUACAUGUAUGAAAUAAAUUAGUAAAAAUAUUUCUGUGAAGUGACAUACUGCCUCAAAUCUCAUUAAAAUACAAAAUAUAUUGUUUAAUAUGUUGUGCUGCCUCCUAUUACUAUUUUCCAAACCAUUACUUCCCUAACUUUGACAGAGUUAACUCUUGGGUAACAAAACCAUGAUCUUUUCCUUAAUAAAAUUUGAUACAUGUUGAUAGACCAAUCCCAAGGUAAGUUACACUUAAUUUUAAACUUUUGCAAAUAUUGUAUAAAAUAAAGCUCUUGUGGUAGUAAAUAAUAUGAGCUAUUUAGUACUAGUAGAAUAUUUUUAUUUUGCUCAGGAUGGUUUAUAAUUGAAGUGUCCUGAUUGUAGGUACUGCUGUGUGUGUGUGUGUGUGUAUGUGUCUGUAUACAUAUACGCACACACACACACCUGUGAAAAGACAAACUAUCUUGUAAUAAAUGUAUAAAUUAGUAUAGCUGGAAACGUGAAGGAUCCUGUAUAAACAUUGUUGUGCUAUAGACAUAAUAAAGAAUGAGAGUGCUCAAGUUA